GGAAGUUGGAGCAUUGUCAGCGCUGUAAACACGAGGACGAGAUUUCCAUAAAAAGCAAUGUGGAGAAUGACCAUAAACAGUUGAACAGUUCGCAGUGAAGAGAUCUAUAUAUGUGAAGUGUGAGUCGAUUAAUGGGCGCAGCGUUUGCUAGACAGAAUAACAUCAACAUGAGCAGUUCUCGAGAUAGAGAAACCAAGAAGGAUGUCAAGCAGAAUCAAACGAACAGCAUCGCGAGACCGCUGUCUAUCGAAGGUCCUUCCACCUCCAACAAUGUCCAGCCACCCUCUCCGCCACAACCUCUGCCGAAUCAACCGAGACAGCCGAGUAAUUUGCAAGGACUGCUUAAAUUUGCCAUGGAAGCAGCACAGUCCGAAAAUGCUGAGAACAAAUCACCGGUCUAUCCUUUGGAUGAGGAAAAAAAAUCAUUCUUGAAUGCAGCACUGUCGUCUUUAACUGUGAACAUAAUAGACGAGUUGCAGAAAGCUGUGGAAAUAUUGUCUAAUGUUGGCAAUCUACGAAAUGACGAAGAUUCGUUGGAAUAUGAGAAUGCAUUGGAAAGACUGGCAGACUUUGUAGACAAUAUUGACAUAGCUAACGAUUUUUAUAACAUCGGUGGUUUCUCAGUGUUUAAACCAUGUCUGAACUCUCCACACAGCAAUAUCAGAUGGCGUGUAGCCGAUAUUAUAGCGGAGUUAGCACAAAACAAUCCAUUUUGUCAGGACAAGUUGUUAGAAGCUGGAGUGUUUCCUAUAUUGUUGUCUAUAAUCGACACGGAUCCAUCGGAACAAGCGAGAAUAAAGGCCCUUUAUGCAGUUUCGUGUAUAGUCAGAGGACAUCCCGAGUCGUUAAAAUAUAUGGACCAACACGACGGUUACUCGGUGCUCUUGCGAGCAAUGCAGAGCUCGGUGGAGAAACUGCAGAUAAAAUCCGCGUUCUUGCUUUCCAGUUUGUGCAGCAAGGACGACUCGAGCGACAUAAAAACUACUUUAAUAAAGAUGGGAUUCAUAGAGCAAGCAGCAGGACUGUUGGGUAGAAUAAACUUGCAACCCACAAUUAGGGAACAGUUAUUAAGAGUUCUCAGUGGUAUGGUGAAUGAUAACUUUUUGCCGGCGUUGCAAGAAUGUCGCCGGUCGCAGUUGUGCCUGAAAUCCAUUCUGCGACAAUUAAUGACAGAACUAAACCCCGAGGAAAACCAGGACGAGAUAGACAUAUGUACAGAACUGUUGGAUAAAUUGUUUUCCGAAUCCGACACAGCUCAGGAGAGAUAACACAUUUAAUAUUAACUAUGUAACAUUGUUUUGUAAAUUAAUCGUGUAUCAUUUUUCUUUGCUUUGUAAAUCUAACGGCUUAUCUUAUAUCUGCAGGAAAUUUAAAUACUUAUGAAAAAAAAAAAAAAAAA